AUGGACAAUAACCCACAUAUCUUGGGUGGCCAGGUCCAAGGUAGUCAGUUUCAUAAUGGCUAUCAAAUCAACUAUUAUUCGAAUGAGCUGCAAAUUGACCAUAACAAGUGGGCGGGAAAAAUAUUGGAGUCCACUGGUCGCCAAUAUGAGGCACAUUAUCAUCUGCUUUAUCCAAAUGAGCAACAUAUAACUGAUUACUGGCUAAAUUGCACAAGCGACACCAACAACCCACUAUACCUCACAGUAUAUGGUAGCAUCAAAAUAAUGGCAUAUGAUAAUAUGUGCACGCUUGUAUUCACGGAACUUGAUGUGACUCUUCAAGAUUGGAUUUCUCCAAAUCUUGUUGUAUUCACGGCAUACAACAAGAUUUGGAGAAAUCCAAUCUUGAAGAGUCACACCAAGUUCCGUGAAUACAAGCGUGCACAUAUUAUCAUAUGCCAUUAUUUUGAUGCUACCAUAUACUGUGAGGUAUAG